AAUGUACUUUAAGGUAAUAUGCCUUGCGGCUUUCGUCAGCGCAGUGAUGUCCCAGCACGGGCACGAGCACGCGCACUCCUCGCAGCACAUCUCCAAGCACGACGGGCACGCGGAGCCGGUCGUCAUCAAGGACCACCACGGCCACGAGAAACACGUCGACUACUACACGCACCCCAAGUACGAGUUCAAGUACGAGGUCUCGGACAAGCACACGGGCGACCACAAGACGCAGCACGAGCACCGCGACGGCGACGUCGUCAAGGGCUUCUACAGCCUGCACGAGCCCGACGGCUCCGUCAGGGACGUGCACUACGAGAGCGAUAAGAAAACCGGUUUCCACGCUGAGGUGAAGCACAGCACCCACCACAUCAAGCAUCCCAAGUACGAGUUUGAGUACUCCGUAGACGGCGACGUCGUGAAGGGCCGCUACAGCCUGCACCAGCCCGACGGCCACGUGAGGCAUGUGGAAUAUCACGCCGACAAACAUGGUAUGGAUAUUAGAGCGUACACCAUGGUCAUCACCAUCAUGGACAUCAACAUCAUGGUCUCCAUCAUCACGGCCACCAUCAUCAUAUUCACCAUGAUCACGGACUCCAACAUCACGGUCACCAUGGACUCGAACUUCAUGGACUCCAUCACCAUAGCCAUCAUCAUCACGAUCAUGAACAUCAUGGACUCCAUCAUCUUAGUCAUCAACACGGUCAUGAACAUCAUGGACUUCAUCAUCAUGGUCAUGAUGGUCAGAGCAUCAUGGUCAUUUAGCAUCAUGGUCACGAGCAUCAUGGUCACGAGCAUCAUGGUCACGAGCAUCAUGGUCACGAGCAUCAUGGUCACGAGCAUCAUGGUCAUGAGCAUCAUGGUCAUUAGCAUCACGGACUUCAUCACUUUAGCCAUCAUCACGGUCAUGAGCAUCACGGACUCCAUCACCAUAGUCUACAUCAUCACGGUCAUGAACAUCAGGGACUCCAUCAUCUUAGCCAUCAUCACAGUGGACACCAUCACACUGGUCAUCAUAAUGUACUCCAUCAUCUUGGUCACCAUAAUCAUUAUGGGGUCCAUACUUACGGUCACCACCAUGAUCACCAACAUCAUGGAAUACAUCACCAUGGUCACCAUAUUCAUGGACUCAGCCACCAUGGACCUGGUCCCCAUCACGAAGAACACCGGCAUCAUAAUAUUGGUGGUAGCCGCUACCUUGGCUGUAGCUCUAGCUCGACCUCAAGAAGGGCUCGGCCACAAAUAUGAACAAGGGCAUGCGUACUCGUCUCAAAGUAUUGUUCUUCAUCAGAGCCACGGUCAUGAGCUUGGGCAUGAACAAUUAGGUCAUGUUCAGCUUGGUCAUGUGCAACUCGGUCAUGUGCAGCACGAGCCCGUGCACGUAGUGUCAUAUCAGCCGAUCCAAACUGAAUCUCACCACUCUCACCACCACGCCGUCUCCUCACAAAACAUCCAGCGUCACGACGUGCCCGGCAAGGCGCCCGAGGGCCACCACGACUACUACGCGCACCCUAAGUACGAGUUCGAGUACAAGGUGGAGGACCCGCAUACCGGCGACAAGAAGGCGCAGCACGAGGCCCGCGACGGCGACGUCGUCAAGGGCUACUACAGCCUGCAUGAGCCCGACGGCACUGUCAGGAUCGUGCAUUACACUGCUGAUCACAAAACUGGAUUCAAUGCCCAGAUCCAGCGUGAAGGACACGCCAAGCAUGUAGUACCCACUCAUCACCAUUAA